GCAGCCGCCGCCGCAGCCGCCGCCUGGGCCGCCCCGUGUCCCCGGUGGAGCUGCUGCCGCCGCCGCCGGGAGCUCGAUGCGGACGGAGCCCGGGCCGGGCCAUGGGGAUCCUCAGCAUCACGGACCAGCCGCCCCUGGUCCAGGCCAUCUUUAGCCGAGAUGUGGAGGAAGUGCGCUCCCUGCUCUCGCAGAAGGAGAACAUCAAUGUACUGGACCAAGAGAGGCGAACCCCACUGCAUGCUGCUGCCUAUGUAGGCGAUGUCCCUAUCCUCCAGUUGCUACUGAUGUCAGGUGCUAAUGUCAACGCUAAGGACACACUGUGGCUGACCCCUCUUCAUCGAGCUGCUGCCUCCCGAAAUGAGAAGGUGCUGGGGCUGCUGCUGGCACAUUCAGCAGAUGUGAAUGCCCGAGACAAGCUGUGGCAGACACCACUGCAUGUGGCUGCUGCCAACCGGGCCACCAAGUGUGCUGAGGCAUUGGCACCUCUGCUGAGCAGUCUCAAUGUGGCUGACAGGAGCGGGCGUAGUGCCUUGCACCAUGCAGUGCAUAGUGGGCAUCUUGAGACGGUAAAUCUGCUCCUCAACAAGGGAGCCAGCCUGAAUGUCUGUGAUAAAAAGGAGCGGCAGCCUUUGCACUGGGCAGCUUUUCUAGGGCAUUUGGAGGUCUUAAAAUUGCUGGUGGCGCGAGGAGCAGACCUUGGCUGCAAGGACCGCAAGGGUUAUGGGCUGCUCCAUACAGCUGCUGCCAGUGGCCAGAUUGAAGUGGUGAAGUACUUGCUCCGGAUGGGAGCUGAGAUUGACGAGCCCAAUGCUUUUGGAAACACAGCUUUGCACAUCGCCUGCUACCUGGGCCAGGAUGCUGUGGCUAUCGAGCUGGUGAAUGCAGGAGCCAAUGUCAACCAGCCGAAUGAUAAGGGCUUCACACCACUGCAUGUUGCUGCUGUCUCCACCAAUGGCGCACUCUGCUUGGAGCUAUUGGUCAAUAAUGGGGCUGAUGUCAACUACCAGAGUAAAGAAGGGAAAAGCCCUCUGCACAUGGCUGCCAUCCAUGGCCGUUUCACCCGCUCCCAGAUUCUUAUCCAGAAUGGCAGUGAGAUUGAUUGUGCCGACAAAUUUGGGAACACGCCACUGCACGUGGCUGCUCGCUAUGGACACGAACUGCUCAUCAGCACCCUCAUGACCAAUGGCGCAGAUACCGCCCGGCGCGGUAUCCACGACAUGUUCCCCCUGCACUUAGCUGUUCUCUUUGGAUUCUCUGACUGUUGUCGUAAGCUUCUUUCCUCAGGUCAGCUGUACAGUAUCGUAUCUUCACUCAGCAAUGAGCACGUGCUCUCAGCUGGGUUUGACAUCAAUACACCUGACAACCUUGGCCGCACCUGUCUUCAUGCUGCUGCUUCUGGAGGGAAUGUUGAAUGUCUUAAUUUGCUGUUGAGCAGUGGAGCUGACUUGAGAAGGAGAGACAAAUUUGGAAGGACCCCACUGCACUAUGCAGCUGCCAAUGGCAGCUACCAGUGUGCGGUAACACUGGUGACUGCUGGGGCUGGCGUCAACGAGGCUGACUGUAAAGGCUGCUCUCCCCUCCACUAUGCUGCCGCCUCUGACACUUACAGGAGGGCAGAAUCCCAUUCAGCUUCUAGCCAUGAUGCUGAAGAGGAUGAGCCACUGAAGGAGUCUCGCAGGAAGGAGGCCUUCUUCUGUCUAGAGUUCUUACUGGAUAACGGUGCAGACCCCUCCCUGCGGGACAGGCAGGGCUACACAGCUGUGCACUAUGCAGCCGCCUAUGGCAACAGACAGAACCUCGAACUGCUUUUAGAAAUGUCCUUUAACUGCCUGGAGGAUGUGGAGAGCACCAUUCCAGUCAGCCCUUUGCACUUAGCUGCCUACAACGGUCACUGUGAAGCCCUGAAGACACUGGCUGAGACGCUGGUGAAUCUGGAUGUAAGGGACCACAAGGGCCGAACCGCGUUAUUCUUGGCCACUGAGCGAGGCUCUACUGAGUGUGUGGAGGUGCUUACAGCCCAUGGCGCCUCUGCCCUCAUCAAAGAGCGCAAGCGCAAGUGGACACCCCUGCAUGCUGCUGCUGCCUCUGGCCACACUGACUCCCUGCACUUGCUGAUCGACAGUGGGGAACGAGCAGACAUCACAGAUGUCAUGGAUGCCUAUGGACAAACCCCACUGAUGCUGGCCAUCAUGAAUGGCCACGUAGACUGUGUACAUCUGCUGCUAGAGAAAGGAUCCACAGCUGAUGCUGCUGACCUCCGGGGCCGCACUGCCCUCCACCGGGGGGCAGUGACUGGCUGUGAGGACUGCCUGGCUGCCCUGCUGGACCAUGAUGCGUUUGUGUUGUGCCGAGACUUCAAAGGCCGCACACCCAUUCACCUGGCUUCAGCCUGUGGCCACACUGCAGUACUGCGGACUCUGCUGCAGGCUGCCCUGUCUACAGAUCCUCUGGACGCUGGGGUGGAUUACAGUGGCUAUUCGCCCAUGCAUUGGGCUUCCUACACUGGACAUGAAGAUUGUCUGGAGUUGUUACUUGAACACAGCCCAUUUUCAUACCUGGAAGGAAACCCCUUCACUCCUUUGCACUGUGCAGUAAUUAAUAACCAGGACAGCACCACAGAGAUGCUGCUGGGAGCUCUGGGUGCCAAAAUUGUGAACAGCCGAGAUGCCAAAGGACGGACCCCCCUUCACGCCGCUGCCUUCGCGGACAACAUCUCUGGGCUCCGGAUGCUGCUGCAGCAUCAAGCUGAGGUGAACGCCACUGACCACACUGGCCGUACCGCGCUCAUGACGGCAGCCGAGAACGGGCAGACCGCUGCUGUGGAAUUUCUGCUGUAUCGAGGGAAGGCAGACCUUACUGUGCUUGAUGAGAAUAAGAACACUGCCCUCCACUUGGCUUGUAGUAAGGGCCAUGAGAAGUGUGCACUUAUGAUCCUGGCAGAAACUCAAGACCUUGGCCUUAUCAAUGCUACCAACAGUGCGCUGCAGAUGCCACUCCACAUUGCUGCCCGUAAUGGUCUAGCCUCUGUGGUACAGGCCCUGCUGAGUCGUGGGGCCACAGUGCUGGCUGUUGAUGAAGAAGGUCACACCCCAGCACUGGCCUGUGCUCCCAACAAAGAUGUGGCAGACUGCCUGGCCUUGAUCCUUUCCACCAUGAAGCCUUUCCCACCCAAGGACGCCGUCAGUCCUUUCAGCUUCAGCCUGCUCAAGAACUGCGGCAUUGCAGCUGCCAAGACGGUGGGUGGCUGUGGUGCCCUGCCCCACGGGGCCUCCUGCCCCUACAGCCAGGAGCGGCACGGCGCCAUCGGUUUGGAUGGUUGCUACUCGGAGUAGCCCCCCUCCAGUGUCCCUCCCCCUGCCGGUGGCUUGAUAUCUUAUUCUAUUUAUUUAGAAAAAGUCUAUACAUUUAGGGCACUUUAAAGGAGAACACGACUGGGUGGGGGGUGGAGGGGGGGAAGCACUGGGGAGCAGCUGCUCACCCCUUUGCCACACCAUUCUGGCCUGGCAGGGGUCUGGGAUUGACAGGGAGCACCCCAGGCCCUUAGUACCCCCAAGGCAACCCCUUCUGCCAAGUGUCCCAAAAUGAUUGCUAAAUGCCUGGCUCCCCUCUCUGACCCCCAUCUCCGUUGCCCCUUUCUGCUGCCAGCUCCCUCACUCUUCCUUCUGGUUCUCCCCUUUGUGUUGCCCUUCCACUUGUCCCUACUGCCAGGCACAUUCCCCACCUCCCUCCUUCUCCCAUGCCCAUCACUGCCUCCCUGCUCGGCUGGCCCCUCCAUCCCCGCAGCAGUGAGAAGCCUUAAUUUCUGGUACUGUGUGAGCACUCUGGGGGUGCCCCCUCCCCCUUCAGGGGCAGCUAGAGGAUGAGGGGGGAGGGUAUUUAGCACUGGGGCCUGGAGCUUUUUCCCCACUUCUCUACCCAUCACCCCUUAAGUUCAAAUGCAAAACACUUGAAGCAGCAACUACUGUACCUGGGCCCCAAUCCUGCACUCUCCCCUGGCUCCUCAUAUGCAAAUCAAGGGCUGUUUCUGCCCCCACAGCCUGCCCCUUUCUCCUCCCACUCCUACCCCUACCCCUACCCCUGGCCUGCCCCCCCCCAACCACGCACUUUAACCUUGCUUCUUUCUUUUAACUACUUUUGGGAGGGCAGCACCUGUGGCCAUUCCCUCCCUGGCUUUCUCUUUUAAGUUUGAGGCUUGUCAUGAAUUUUUAAGUAAGCAUUUUGUCCUUUAGGGGAAAAAUCAAAUUUAUUUCCUGCCCAUUUCAAAACCACAGCCCUAGUAUGUCCUCCCCUUAUUAGGCAUGUAUUUGCAUGUGUGUGGAGGGAGGGACUAUUUUCUUCCUCCUGUGCGCUCCCCAGUCCCAUAGUUUCUCUGUGCCCCCAUCAGCUUCCAUCCUUUUAUUAUGUCCAGAAUACCUACUGCCCCCAUCACUCCUGAUCUGAAGCCAAAGAUGGUGGGAGGGGCAGGGCAGAGCAGGGAUCGUAUCUAUACGAUACCCAGACUUCCCCUCCAGUGUGAGGAUGGUCAAGGGAGUGAUGAGUAGUUACUGUGCCUCCCCAGCACUGGGGAGAGAUGGGAUUGAGCAAGGGUUGCACUAAAAAGAUUCCUAAAAGUUGCACCCCCAAAGCCAAACUGAGCUGGAGUGAAGAGGGGCAGUUUUCUCUCUAAAUGUAGCAUUGAAUUUGGCCCUGGUCCCUUCAAAUUCCCUGUCCAUCCAUCUCGUAGCUAAGCCUCCUGGACAGUUGGACCCACUCCUGCAGCCCGGUGUUCCCUUCCUCACACUCAAUACCUCAGCCUGGGGCCAAGACACAGAACUUGAAUAGAGGUCAUGUCCCCUCUACCCCUGUUGCAUCCUUGCCCAGUUUGGCUGCCAUCAGUAUUGUCCCCUGAGAACUGGACAGGCUUCGUUUACACAGUACAGGGAUCUCUCCCCAGGGGAUUCCUUGGCCUCUUCCCACCCCAGCUUGCUUUAUUUAUGCCAUUACCCACUUUUUCUGUUUGUUCCCUGAAAGUCUUCCCACCCUUGCCAAGGGUGGGCUGAAGAGAGAGGUGGCAUCCCAGGGAUCCUUCUGUUCUCAACUGAUAGAUACCCGUAAUCAUACCUCAUCCCAGUUCCCUGAAGUCUGGGGUGUUUGUCCAUCUCCUUAUUCCCCCGCCCUGUGGUCCCUUUUUACUCCUUAUCUCUCUAUCUUGCUUCCCUCAACCUUCAGUUCCUAAACCAUUUCAAAGCUUCCAGAUGACCAUUGUUGGUGAGAAGGAUUGUGCAGCUUUUAGUUUUUAUUUUUGUUUUCAAAGCCAAAGGGCCUUGUGACGCCCCUCUUCCUUGCCUCCCUUCACACCCUGUCUUUCCCUAAAUGACAAUCAAUGUGACCUCUCUUAAGGGCUGCAGCCCCCACCCCAACCCUGCUGGUUCUGCAAAGCUUGUCCCCUAACUUCAAUUCUCUCUCCCAGAAUGGUCCCAUAAUGCCCCCUCCUUCUUAUUUUGGUGCUGGGAAUUAGGUGGUGGGGGGCAGCGGGAGCAGGGAGAUGGCUUCUCCAGAGGAGACUCUAGGAGUAUCAGUCGUGUUCUCCUUUAUCAAUGUUUGGUGAUGACAGGAAGACUCUUGAGUAUAUGUCAGGAGCCCCGUUGUUUUGCUAGAUGAGAUUGCUGGUGGCUGCCUGUCCCGGCCCCCCUUUAGCACACUUGUCAGCUGUGCUGGGAAAUAUUGUGGGGAGUCCUCUGUCCCUCCUCAUGUGGCUGUGAGGAGGCCUGAAGGACAAGCAGCCUCUUCUCCUUAUGCCAAAGGAAAUCCCACACCCCACCCCGGGCACCCCAGCCCUUAGUGUUUUUUGAAGCAUUUUGACCAUUCUCAUGGCCACUGCAUAUUUAUUUUAAUGUUAAGAUUUUUUUUAAAGUAACCUCUUUGACUUAAACGGGUGUGGAGAAGUUAAAACAGGCAGAAUGCCCCCCAAUCUGAAGGGGGUAGGGUGGGGAGGAAACAUCUCCUACCUUCACCUCCUCCCUCUCCCCCUCUCCCCACCACAGCUCUAAAGCACUUGCUUCAAGUAAUAAGCACUUUUGUGAAAAGGCCUAUUUUAAGUGAGGACCCUGGGCACUGUCCCAGGUCCCAGCAAAGGAGACAGAGUGAGGGCUACAUAGGAGACAGGGAAACAGACAUGUGAAUCAGAGGGCGAGAUGAAAAGAGCCAGUUUUUAGUUUCUGAUUUUUGGGGGGAUGUUUCUGAUUGGACGGUGGCUUUGGUAGGAUUGUGUACUAUCCUUCAGACAAACAAAUGGCACAAACUGUGGGUCCAAGGAUGGACCAACAGACCCAGGUCACUGCCACUGUCCAGCUGAGACUGAUGGGCCACCUCCCCCACCCGUGGCCCCCUGAGCCAUAGGACUGCUGAAAACCACUGAAUGUACAGCCCAGGUUGGGGUGGGGAGCAGCCCCGGGGGGAGGGGGCUUCUCCCUUUGUUUGGUGCUGUGGGGGGUGGGAGAGAUGAGACAGAGGGACUGCCACCCCACUUAGACAUGUUUUCCUUGGGGUGGAGGGGCUGAGGAGGGCCUACCUCCCUCUCUGACCCCAGCCAUGGCCCUCUUCCUUCCUCACCCCUAUCCGUUUUGACUGUAAGUCCAGCUCACCUUUGCCUUCAAUAUGUAACCAAAGGAAAACUCAAUACUGUUUCCACCGCUGUCUGCCCACCCGAGCACCUUCUUACUCCCUGGACCUAGAAAGGGAGAAGAGGCUAGGGGUGGGGUGGGUGGGGCCAGAGUGAACGAACCCGUACCCCCAUAAACCUCCUCUGGGGUCUUGGAAGAGGCCCUGAGAGGUGGGGCUGGGGCCCGGCUGAGGGGUUAGGGGUAGGUACACUCUAUGACAUGCACAUGAGUGUUUCUUUGUUCAGAUGACCCCAAGGACUAUAUGCUUCAGCAGGGUGGCUCCUUCCUCCUCAGCCGUUUCCCCCUUCUCCCCACACCCAGUGUUCAUUCCCACCCCCAGUUUCCCCUUCCCACUGCAAAGGAAAAUAGCCUUACAGACCCUGGCCCAGAAACCCUGCUCCUGGGGGAAACCAUUUUGGGGGCCCCAUUCCACCUAGUUUGAACCCUGCUUUUUCAGAAGGAGAGAAAAGGAGCAAAGCAGCCCUUUCCCCUUUAAUUGGGGUGGCUCCCACCCUCUGUUGCCUUGACCCAGGUUGGGCAAGGGUGGAGGUAAGGAAUUUUUGAGGACCAAGCCCAGUAGUCUGGGACAGGGAGGUAGAGAGGGAAGGGUCUGCUUUGAGGACUCCCUCCUUCUGACCCAACCCCUUAGAGAAGCGACCAAAUCCCAGAGAUGGGAGGAAGCUGGGGUGGGGAGGGUCUGCUCUUUGAAUUACUUGAAGGUACUGACUCCGAGGCUGCUGUUGCCCACUUAGGUGUGAGGGGGACACUGUCACUGCAUUUGGGAGGCAGAGGGUGACAAGAGGAUCCACCCUUUGGCCCUCACUCUGCUGGGGGCCCUUUUCCCUGGGCAGUCUGGAAGCCUGACUUUGCCCCCAGGGAAGUUGAGGAGAGCCUUCCCCUCCCAUCUCCAUCCCUCACUCUGGGCACCCUCUCCAAUUGCACUAAAGUAGCUGUUGUGCCAGUCUUACCCCACACCAGGGUGGGGGUCUCUGCUUCCAGCCCUUUCCUCCUUACUGCCUCUGCUCCCAUCCCAGACAAUCUCCUUGUUCCCCUGUAUUCCUGGAUAGCUCAGCUUUGUACGUGUGUAUGUUUGGGGUGGGUGGGAUGGGUUUUGGCUGGAGUAGGUUUGACAGGGGUUUGGAAAGGGCUGGGGGAAAGAAGGAAAAUGAAGUUCCCUCCUCCCUUCCCCAGCCCUAAGCCACAGAAGCCUGGAGGGAGGGUAUCUACUCUUGCUGCCGUGCGUCUUGCAGAUGUGCCAAAAUGUGGGUGGGUGGGAAGGGAGGGUGCCUGGCAGAGCAACCCCCAGGGUGGCUCUCUCAAAGCAAUACAGUUCCCCCUACCUGGGGGAUGGCAAGACAGGGGAGUGGGUAGGGGUGGGGACCUGAGGAGUUCCCCAUGUACAGCUGUGUAUAUUCAGAGGUGGUUGGUCUCUGUCUGGUACCCAAUGUGGGCGUCUAUGUGUGUGUGAACCUCCCCUUCCCCAUGCCCUGCAUGACCUGUGAUGCUGCAGACACCACCAUCCUGUGUGCAGGUGUGUUGGGGGGCACAGAGGGCAUGUUCCAUGUCCUGUCGCAUCCUCCACCCUGUGACCCAUGUACUCGGUUGUAGGAAGUAAAAAGAACUGAGCACAAUUCACUGGAUUCUAGUUGAAUCUUUCUCUAAGCAAUUUUCCCAUUCCUGUUCUUCUCCCUGCCCCAAAUCCACCUGUGGUGCUAGUGUUGGGGUCGGGGUGUUUAAUGCUGGUGGGCAGCAAUAAAGGGCAGAUCUGCCCAGGUGCCUGUAUCCGCUGGGUGCUGAGGGCAGCAGGAAAAAAGUGGGGACCUGUGCAUUUGCCCCGCCCCUCUCCCCCUCCUCCCUGGGCUAAAGCACAAUGCUCUCCCUGCUGAUUGAUGCCCCUGCCCUCUCUACCCCCUGUCCCCCCACACAUGUCCUCCUCCAACCUGCUUCGAGCCCUCCUCCCACCACACCCUGGUUUUCUAUGCUGAUUUGGUGCAAGUACAACUGUCGUAGUCAUGGCUUUGGGAUGGGUUCUGUUUAUUAAAAUCCUAUUGCUCCUA